AAGUGGCUGCGGGUCACGUGGCGGCAGGAGAAAAUCCCGCCCCCUGGUCGGUGGGACGAGUACGCGCACGCGCCCGGCGCGCUCCCGGGAGGCUGGCGAGCGAGCGCGCGCCCGCAGGUAAGACCCAGUCGACCUCCCAAUACACAGAAGCCAAUGGUUUCAAGGGCCAAGCCGCCAUGGCCGGCACAUCCUCACCCGCCCAAGUCCCAUCUGGCCGAUUCCAUUGCCAAAGCAAAGGGUGGAAAUGGUGGUGGGGGCAACAAAAGUUUCAUGGCUCAGAUCAUACCAGUGUAUGGAUUUGGAUUGCUUAUGUACAUUCUGUACAUCCUCUUUAAGAUCUCAUCCACGGGUAGCGGCCAGAGUCAUAAAACAAGGAGGAGGUGUGGGGGCAACCGGAGUGGAAGCGGGAAGUGUAAAAUUACUGAUUAUGAACUGGCUCAGCUUCAAGCAAAACUGAGAGAGACUGAAGUGGCCAUGAAGCAAAUAGCAUCGAAAAUGGGACAUGGAUCAGACAAGUUUCCAACUGACACCAGUGAACAGGAAGCAAAUCUACUGAGACAGUUGAAAGAAAUCACCAGAGUCAUAAAAGAGCAGAACAUUAUCGAAGGCAUUGGUCCCGAGAAAGAGCCAGACGAAUCUCAUUACAAGGAGCACUCUGACGGUUACGGCGGGGAGACAGAACAUUCUAGAUGCCGUUGCCGGCAUGACAGGAACUAUUCCAAGUCCAGUCAACGUUCUGCUGAGGAGCCAGAAACCAAACUAGAUCAGUGCUUGUUCAAUGAAACCGCAGAGAACAAAAUCGGACAAGAUGAGGACUCUGAGAGGGGUGCCCAGAUUGGGCGAGGGGUCGGUGGUGACGGGGAAGAUCUCCACCGUGACCCAGCCGUGACACCACAGGAAGAUGGGACUGCCAGCGGAGAGGACCACUGUCGUGUGGGUGACUCUCGCACGGAGCUUCACAUCAGUGAACCACAGCACGUGACCACAUACAGUACAGGAACACUACGAAAACGCAACAAGAUGGCAAUAGAAUAACGGGUAUGAAGCAGCAGUAGACAGGUAGCACAUCUCGGAAUAUAUUACUCAGUCUGUGUCAAAUAUUUCAGCUUUGGUACCUUCUCCAGAGCUGUCAGAAUUAUCUAGUUUGCCCUGAUUUUAAAAUCUAUUUUACUCAAUAGUUACUGAUAAUGGUUGUUCUAUGUACUUUGGUGUUUGCACUAUCAUAGUCUGCUCUAGUUAGAAGAAUUAUAAUUUAUUGUAUAUUUAUUUUUGUUGUGUCUCAUGUGCCUGUAACGCUGCAGCAAGUAAGAAUGUCAUUGUCCCAUUCAUAUCCGGUACUAAAGAGAGAUAAACAUAUGAUUCCAUGCAGACAUCGGCCAUGGUCUGUUCUGAACCCAGGCCCUGGAGCUGUGAGGCAGCAGCAUUGACCACUGAUAUCCCGGGUUAAACCACAUCCCAUUCUGCAAAUACCUGCAGGUUCCUCCAACCUUUGACCUUCACAGAUCCAGCAGGUCCAUUGUACCACCAGCCCACGUCCGCACUUCAUCCGGCCUGCCGAUUGGCCUUGUAAUGCCGCCCUCUAGACCUUGAUCACACCAUUCAACAUCAGCCUAUUGUCUCUCUGUCACGGACAUCAUCUUUUCAGGAGGUCUCCCUCCAGAGGUCCAGCCUUGUGGUGCCCUAACCUUGCACAGUAUAUUCCACCUUCUGGCCAA